UGUGCCCUCGGGCGAGCCAGGUAGGCGUUCUACGCAAACGUCACGUGACCUCAUAAAUAUUCAUGAGCUAGUCCCUGGCCGUAGUAGGUUUCGUUGAACCCGGGGUUUGUUCUCGCGCUCCUCGCGCUCUAGAAACUGUCGUUUCCUGUAACACAACGAAUGGCAUUUCGUCCAAACCAUGAACGUCUUCAGGUGCUCUCUGGAAAUUAAUUAAAGUUGAACGCUGACCUCUGGAAAUAUAAGCUAACAUUGAAAGUUGACUAGAAAUGCUCAUAUUUGUCCUCCUGCUGUGUCAUUUCACUUUAUGUGGACACUGUGUGUGUGUGAGGAAAAGCCAGAUACCAACAGAUCAAGACAGUAAAGUGUUUGUUGUGGACCAGGAGGCCAACACAUUUUUAGGACGCCACCUGUUGUUCAAUCGCUUCGACUUUGAGAUCUUCACCCCGGGAAAUCUAGAAAGGGAGUGUUACGAGGAGAAAUGCAGUUACGAGGAGGCUCGGGAAAUCUUUGAGAAUAUCCCUGCUACAAACGACUUUUGGAGGCAUUACACAGAUGAUAAGGCUGAUUCCCAAACGAAGGUUGAUGUCACAGCAUUGCUGGUGGGCAUCAUCUCCGCUGGAGUCUUUAUUGUUAUAGUUGGCCUCCUGAUCUGGUACUUCUGCCAGGGGAGGAAUAAAGACCGUGGCUUCCGACGUUCCAUCAGACGUCGGUCCAACCGAAGCAACGCCUCUGUGAUCAUCCGGAGACUGGAGGAGGUCUCUCUGCAUCCUAUUCCUCACACAGGCUCCGACGCCAGCCCAGACGCUCAUGGUUUACCUUCUUAUGAACAGGCCAUCGCCAUCAAUGGACCGCAUGAUGGCCCGCCUCCGCCGUAUCCUGGUUCCAGGCCAGGCAGCGUCCGACGAUAACCAUAUCACCAUUUUUCCAAACUGAAGCAGGAUGGACUAAACCACUUUUUCUCGACUAUGAACUGAAAAGGUGUUAAACCAAAGGCGUUUGGAUUGGAUACCCUGGAAUAAACCACUAAUACAAAGCUGCGUUGUAGCCAAGGCAAUGACUUAAAAACAUUUCUAGAUGGCGUAGAUAGUCAGAGCUAACUAGACAAAUAAUUCUUUGCAAUAGUGUGCAUUUAAAACCAAAUUCAUAACCAAAACCAGUUUUAUAUUGACUGUUAAUAUGGUGGGAUUUUAUGAAGGACAAAUAAUUUUAUCCUAUUCCGGUACGCUAUAGUCCGUCUUAACGAUCUAGUAGAGUGGGACUUUGUGUAUUUACUGGAUCAGUAUUUCGGUGUACAUUUUGUGAGAACUUAUUCUGUGAUCAGCACACUAAAAACAUUACCUCCUCUAACACCAUGGCACUUCCGUCAGGCUGUGCUGUUUGCAAUGAGCAUAAUGCAUAUGGAUGCAUACUAAUUGUUGAUUUUUAUCUUAUUUAGGGAUUUCCUUUCAUUCUAUUGGCAUGAGCGCCCAGCUUUAAAGGGCAUUUAGCCAAGAGGUUGAUACUGUACAGGUUUCGUCCCUUUGAUGCCUUCUGAAUGAUAACGUCUGGGCUCUGGUGUUGCUGUCAGAGGGAUAUUAAUACACUUUAUAAUAAACUUUCUUCUUCGUUUGUAUAUUAGUGUUGUCUUGUUGCCUUUUGGUGGAUGAUGAAAAUGCUUGGCAUAGCAAUCAUUAAAGCUAAUACACCAAAUUAUGUUUUGGGUACAGUGAUUAUGCAGAUUCAAGGUUUAUGGAUUAUGUUGAGUAUUUUACAUUUACAUGAGGCUUACUUAAAAUCGUUUUAUGUACACUUACUUUAUUAGGAUCCUGAAAAAUGUACUUGAGUUGCUGGUUAACAUUUUUGUGCAAGCUGUGAUGCAUUUCAUUAAAAUAUAAAUGUUUUGAAUGAUCA